CAUUAUCCUAUUAUUCCUUGAUCGAAUACAUCUCUCUCCUACUCCACUUGUUCCACUUUCAUAAUCCCAACAUCACCAUGAAUAUGAUGACAAUCUCAGAUUUUCUCCAAAGUCUUUGCAAUGGAAACGACCAACUCUCACGUUUGCUUUUCUCCCUCUUUGUUAUCUGCACCCUCUCUUUGUACGCGUGGAUUUACACCAAAAAAUAUAGGAAGGGCACCCCGCCAGCACCACUGCCCCCAGGCCCCCGUGGCCUCCCGUUGGUCGGGAACCUCCUCUCCCUCGAUCCGGAGCUCCAUUCCUACUUUGCCGGCCUGGCCCAGACCCACGGACCCAUACUCAAGCUCCGACUCGGCAACAAGCUUGGCAUCGUGGUGAGCUCCCCUUCCCUGGCCCGACAAGUGCUCAAGGACCACGAUCUCACGUUCGCCAACCGCGACGUGCCCGCAGGGGCCCGGGCCUUGGCCUACGGUGGGUGUGAUAUAGUAUGGACCCCUUACGGACCGGAGUGGCGGAUGCUCAGAAAAGUGUGUGUGCUCAAGAUGCUUAGCAACACCACCCUCAACUCCGUGUACAUGCUCCGUCGUAAACAAGUCCGAGAAACUGUCGGCUACUUUUACGGUCAGGCCGGGUCUCCCGUGAACGUUGGGGAGCAGAUGUUCUUGACGGUGCUCAACGUAAUUACCAACAUGCUGUGGGGCGGGACGAUAGAGGGGGACCAGAGGAGUAGCCUUGGGAUGGAGUUCAGGGAGGUGGUGUCCGAGAUAACGGAUCUUCUGGGGAAGCCAAACAUCUCGGAUUUUUAUCCGGGUUUGGCCCGGUUUGAUUUGCAAGGCAUAGUUAGAAAGAUGGAUGGGUUGGGGCAAAAGUUUGAUCGGAUUUUUAAUGAAGUGAUUGAUCAAAGUCUGAAGAUUGAUAGAGAAGCCGGCCCCGGUAAUGUUUCUGGAAAUGAGAGGCAGGAUUUUUUGCAAUUUUUGUUGAAAUUCAAGGAUGAAGGUGAUUCUGAAACACCUAUGACCAUGAUCCACCUCAAGGCUUUGCUUAUGGAUAUGGUGGUGGGUGGGACAGACACAUCCUCGAACACAACAGAGUUUAUGAUAGCUGAAAUAAUGAACAAACCAGAGGUGAUGAGGAAAGCCCAACAAGAACUGGAGAGUGUUGUCGGGAAAGACAAGAUCGUGGAAGAGUCUCACAUUCACAAAUUACCAUACUUACACGCGGUGAUGAAAGAAACACUGCGGUUGCACCCAGCGUUGCCACUGUUAGUCCCUCAUUGCCCCAGCCAGACGUGCACCGUUGGAGGCUACACCAUUCCGAAAGGGUCGCGAGUCUUUGUGAAUGUGUGGGCAAUCCACAGGGACCCUUCCGUUUGGGAAAAUCCAUUGAAUUUUGAUCCUGAAAGGUUCUCGAAUGACAAAUGGGACUACAGUGGGAGUGACUUCAAUUACUUUCCAUUUGGGUCUGGUCGCCGAAUCUGUGCCGGAAUAGCAAUGGCUGAGCGGAUGGUGAUGUUUUCAGUUGCUACCCUUUUGCAUUCUUUUGAUUGGAAACUUCCCCAGGGACACAAGUUGGACCUGUCUGAAAAGUUUGGGAUUGUGAUGAAGAAGAAGAUCCCUCUGGUCGCAAUUCCAACCCCAAGGCUACCUCAUCCAUCUCUCUACCAGUAAGCAGCCUGCAGCCAUGCAUGGGUGCAGCUGCCUGUGGUAUGAUGACUCCAAUUGACAACAAUGCUCAACAAACAUCUUCUUUCAGCAGAUACAUACAUACAUAUAUAUAUAUAUAUAUAUAUAUAUAUAUAUAUAUAGACACAGAGCAAAACCUGGGCAACUAAUAAUUGGUUUAAUUAGAGUUUAAUGUAAUUAAGUUUGCUAUACUUGUUUGGUUGUGAACUAAUCCUUCAAAAACUUUCAUGUUUUGAAUUUUCUGUC